CCCAAUGUCUCACUUCAUAGCUGCCAAAAAUCUUCUUCUUCUUCCGCCUACUCUCGAUGAUGACGAUGAUGAUGACGACUUUGUCUACCUCUGUAUCAGCAGCUCUGCCUCCGGUCUCCUUCGUCUCACUCCAUCACCCUCAACGAAGUCACAGACGCUUCUCCUUCCAGGUCGAUGCUCUGAGCUCAUCAUCAUCAUCAUCACCUGAAUACUCUCCUACCGAGAGCGUCACUUCUUCUUCUACCCCUGUAACCAAGAAACCCUUUCUCGAAACUUCUCUACCGCCGAAGCCAAGCUUCAAUUAUGCGCUUGCCAAUCCCAACGGUAGCCCAGUUGUUCGCUUCGUCCACUUAGCUGAAUCCUCCAUCGAGAAAGCAAUUUUUGAUUUCCGUUUCUUGGCGCUUCUGGCUGUUGGAGGUUCAUUGGCGGGUUCCUUGUUGUGCUUUUUGAAUGGUUGUGUUUACAUUUUUGACGCAUACAAGGUAUACUGGACAGGAUGCCUCAAAGGAGUUCAUACAGGACAGAUGGUUCUACGAUUAGUUGAAGCUAUUGAUGUUUAUCUUGCUGGUACUGUCAUGUUAAUAUUUGGUAUGGGCUUGUAUGGACUAUUUAUCAGUAAUGAGCCUCCUGGUGUAUCCUCCAAAAAUGAUCGUGUUUCCAAGGGAUCUUCCUUGUUUGGGAUGUUCGCAUUGAAGGAGAGACCAAAAUGGAUGAAAAUCAGCUCACUGGAUGAAUUGAAGACAAAGGUGGGACACGUUAUUGUCAUGAUUCUUCUCGUAAAGAUGUUUGAAAAGAGCAAGAUGGUGACAAUAGCUACUGGAUUGGAUCUUCUAAGUUACUCUGUAUGUAUUUUCUUGUCAUCUGCUUCAUUGUACAUUCUUCAUAACCUCCGCAAGUCAGAAUAAGGUUAUUUGAGAAUAUGUCAGAUAACAAAUCCUCUUGCGUGUAUUUUAUUAAAUGUAAUAAGCUUAUUUGAGAACAUGUCAGAUAACCAAUACCUACUGGAAUGGAUCUUCUAUGUUACUCUCUA